AGUUGUCUGGGGAUCUGGGAAAGGAACGACAGACCGCCAUCAGUCUUGAACCUUUUUUGGCCGUAGAGACACAUCUUAAGCAAAGAAGCAAGGAUUGUUCAGGGCAGGUUUUCUCUUCAGUGAGCAUAGCGUGCAGAAAAUGGAAAAAAAGGAGAGUGGAGCUGGAGCGGAGUGAUUACACAUCAUUUUGAACAGAACUUGACAAUGUCUCCCUAUGAAGGCUUGUAUGGAAAAGUGCAGUGUGAAGAUUCUUCAAAAAAUUAUCCUUUCAUCUUUCACAGCAAAUGGGUUUGAAACCACUUGAGGGGUAUGUGAGAUGAAAAAUUUCAGAGAGACCACCAGUGAGCAAACCUCCAUUAACUCACUUGGAUCCAUGUACUGGCUGGGUCUGCUGCAUAUUAUAUAGUGGGCUUUGAAAUUCAACAUAAGUAUGAGUGGAGAGAAGUUGGUGGCUUGCCUGUUGGUCACUAUGUUAAGUUUGACACUAAUGAGGUCAGUUUAUGGUCAGCACAUGCCAGAAGAACCAUGCUCAGUCCAGAUCCUUGUCCCUGGACUCAAAGGUGAAGCAGGAGAGAAAGGAGAGAAAGGAGCACCUGGGAGACCUGGGAGAAUAGGACCGCCUGGAGAGCCAGGUCUUCCCGGGGUCAAAGGCCAAAAAGGUGGUCCUGGACGUUAUGGGAAGAUGGGUCCCUCUGGACUCAAAGGUUUAAAAGGUGAUAUGGGAGAUCCAGGACCCAAGGGCCCAGAUGGAGAGCCAGGCGUCCCCUGUGAGUGCGCACCCUUACGGAAAAUGAUCGGUGAAAUAGAUAUUCAAGUGGCGCAAUUAACCAGUGAGCUGAAGUUCAUUAAAAAUGAUCCUCAUUUUUCAGCACUGCCCUCCCCCGCAGCUGUCGCUGGCAUCAAAGAGACAGACAGCAAGGUCUAUCUGCUGGUGAAGGAGGAAAAACGCUACAGGGAUGCGGAGGUGUUUUGUCAGGGGCGAGGUGGACACCUGGCCAUGCCCAAGGAUGCGGCGGCUAACAGAGCCAUCGCUGGCUACGUCACUGAAGCUGGCCUCAGCAGAGUGUAUGUCGGCAUUAACGACCUGGAGCGAGAAGGCCACUUUGUGUAUGUGGAGCGUUCGCCCAUGACCACUUUCAGCAAGUGGAGGGAAGGCGAGCCAAACAACGCUUACGACGACGAGGACUGCGUCGAGAUGGUGUCUUCAGGCGAGUGGAUUGAUGUAGCUUGUCACCUCACCAUGUAUUUUGUGUGUGAGUUUGACAAGGAUGCUGUCUGAAUUCACUGAGCAUCUGUAGGGCGGAAAGCCAAAUACAAGUGUUUAAAAUACUCUAGUAUCAAAAAAUGUCAAUGAAAAAGGUGCAGCAUUUCUACACUCUAAAAAAUAAAACAUUGGUUCAACAAAAAAAAAUAUGUUAACGUUUUCCACUAGAAUUUUUAACUUAAGCCAAUUGGGAGAAUUACAUUAAUUCAAAGCAAUAUUUUCAGUUGA